GAUCUCUCCUCAUCGCUCAUCCCUCAUCGUCCGCGAGAUCCAAUGCUGCAGUUACGAGCCUUCACCGCGACUCGCACUUUUUCGCAGAGCACGACUAUACUCCGCGCUGCGCCUUUGAGGGCCGUUUCCGUGCCGGGUGUUCUAUCCAAGCUCCCAAGGCUGUAUCCUGCAAGUCUGCGUCCUGUAUCCAAGCCAUUUCAGUUGCACUCGAUCGCCCCCCUCUCCACGAUUACGGAGACAGCGACCGACUCUAGCAAGAAACUCAAAGAAUGGACACCUGAGCUCGACAUCAAACUCAUGAACUAUCGCCCCUGGACCAAUUGGGACGACAUAAGCAACUCACUUGGCUUUUCUGUCGAUGAAUGCAAGGCCCGACUCAAGACAGCCCAUUUGCAGGAUGAGCGCCUGAAGAACUGGUCCAUGACACUUGAGGCCUCGACUGAGCAUGAAAAGUCAGUGCCAGAGCUGGUGCGUCUGAUGGGGCAGGGCAAGACAUGGUCCGAGAUCGCAGGGAUCAUGCAUACGGAGGAGGAAUUCUGUCGGGCUCAGUGGGCAAAGUUGGGCGUAAUUUAUUCCAUGGAGCACCCAAAAACGCUUUUAAGUACAAAGUUGAUGAGGGCGCUCGAGGAUAGGAGAUUCAAGCUGAGCAGGCAUAAAGCGCAAGAGGGGAGUGAGAGACCGACAACGGACGACGGGAAAUCUCUAACGGGUGUAGAGCUGUACGACUGGGACAAAAUAUCCAGGGAGGUCUUCCGUUCCAGGUUCAGUCCAGAACAUCUGCGCUAUCGCUUUAUCACCCUCGUCCGAGAAAGGUUCAGAUGGACCGCGGAGGACAGGGAUGCACUCUAUAAUUUCAUAGAGCGAUCAUUGUCAGCGCGGUCAAGGACGAAACUGGUGAAUGGUGAGCCCGACUGGCACAAAGCCUCCCAAAAGAUCGUUCAGGGCCGCCAUUCGCCUUACGAUUGCCGUGCACUGUGGGGAGUUUUCCAGAGAGAGGAUCGGGAUCGGUCCAAAAUACAACGACAAUAUCCACCCUGGACUGCAUCCGAGAUCCUGGAGUUCUGGAAAGCAUGGAGGACGCAUGGAGAUAACUGGACCGCCAUCGCCAAUAGUAUCAGCAGCGGCCCCCAACCUCGUACACCAAGUAACUGCCAAUGGGACUUCUACUUUGUUAUUGAAAAAGCCCAGGAGCUGCAGGCCGGCCAAGGAACCGACGAAGAUUCGUUCUCUCAAGUGUUUGCCAAGCCUUGUCUACGUCCGCGAUUUUCAUGGACUUCUGAGCAGGCCUCUGAGCUCCACCGAAUUGUUCAGGAAGAAAUCGACCUUGACAAACAGCGUCAGAUAGGGGAAGGCCAUAGCGAUUCGACCCGCGCACCCAAGAUCCGGUGGGUAGUUGUUGCACAGAAACUUGAUAUCGGCGCUAGUGGCGAACAAUGCAGGUAUUUCUGGCUGAAAGAGACUCUUGAUGCUCAUGGAUAUGAUCCUGCUUUUCGCCGAGCUACUACAUUUCAGGGACAUGAUGGGGAGCGACUGAUGGAGUUGGUGCAGCAAUAUCGACCUAGCGGGAAGGCAGAAUGGAUGCGUUUUCAGCAGAAGCACUUCCCCAUGUACUCCUUGCAUUUCGUGCAGCAUGAAUAUGGUCGCUUGUCAUUGAAGGAAAUGGCCGAAUCUAAAACCGUGGGCCGACAGCUGGAAGAGCAGGUCCUCAAGCAUGGCGAGCACUCCUGGAAGCAGGUUGCAAAUUAUAUGUCCGCCAAUGGGAACUAUCGCACGAGACAACAAUGUCAAAAGGCAUGGGCUGUCAGGCGGGGUACGACAACCGUCCAGUGGAGCCCUGAAGAGCUAGACAAGUUGACGAAUGCUGUGGAUGAUAUUCAGCAGAAGCGACUCAAGGACAGCGUACGGGACAAUAUAAGCUCCGAGGACGAUGCCUCGCUUCCCAAGCUCGCGAUCGAAGACUGGAUCACAAUUGGACAGCUCUUUCCAUCGAAAACCUCAGUUCAGUGCCGAUCCAAGUGGACCGAGAUCGAGAUGAAAGGGGAUACUGUUGCGGAUGUUUGGGACAAGGACAGCAACCUCGACAAUCUCCGCAAAGGCCCAGGAGUAGAGAUACUAUCCUCUUCAACCAAUAAUGACCUUCCCCAGUCUGUUUGGAGAACAAUGCGAUGGACCCCAGAGAGAUUUGCGGUAUUGAGAACGGCGGUUGAGAAAUACGGUGGAAACGAGGUUGUCUUUGAGCAAGUCGCCCAGCGUUUGGGCACGACGAGCUUCGCCUGCUGGAGUCAAUGGUCUGACUGGCGUACUGGCAGGAAGGAGCCACCCAAGAACUUUCUGUGGAACGAACAGUACGACAAGAUUCUGCUCGACACUGUCGCGGAGCACAAGAAGCAGGGCCUGACACUCAAAGAAGCGUUCGGCAAAGUGGCAAAGCAGCUGGAUGGUGCUAAGAAAAACUCGCCGCGUAGUCGAUGGCAACACUUGAUGGAGGUGAAAAAAGAACAAGAGGCACUGAACGGCUAGAGCAUAAUAUUUACUACUAAAUAAAAAAAGAAACAAGAAUAAAAAUAAAAAAAAAAUCUUUUCU